AAUCCCAGCCACACCCAGUCUCCUCUCUGUUGAAGAAGAAGAAAACAGGGAGAGAGAAGACUCUCGUGUCAAGUCAGAAGAAGGAGGAGGAAGGAGAUCCGAAUCCCAGCCACAAUCAGUCUUCUCUCUGUUGAAGAAGAAAGAAAACAGGAAGAGAGAAGACUCUCAUGUCAAGUCAGAAGAAGGAGGAGGAGGAAGGAGAUCCGAUCAAGGCCGUCGAUGCCAGCGAGGGGAAAGCCGGUGAUGGCGGCGAUGGGAAGAUCUGCCAUGGACGCCAGUGAUAGAUCCGACGACUUAGGAAGAAGGAAGGAGAAAGAUGUGAACGUCGAUGGCGGCGACGAAAGCUUGCCUUUCGCUCCGGAUCCGACUGGCCGUCUCCAGGUCUCUCGCUCCCUUCUGGCUUGUAGCAGCGGCAUGAAUGAUGCCAGUCCUGUGUUUUCUCUCUCGCUGGAAGAUAGUGAAGAAGAAGGAGCGGAGGAGGAGGAGGAGGAGGAGGAGGAGAAGGAGAAGCGUCAAGAAGAGGAACAAGUCGAGGAGAAGGAAGGAAGAGGGACAUAUGCUUCUCUCUUAAUAAGUUACUUUUCAAUACUUUUUGGGUCCAACAGCUGUGUUUUGGCAGCAUAA